AUGGAUCUAGAGCUCUUACGGGUUCUUGCACUGCUCGCUUAUUGUUGCUUGAUGGGAACGGGUAAGGCGCAGCUCAGAUUCGGUUUCUACGGCCUAACCUGCCCUUCUGCCGAGCCCAUCGUGAGAUCCGUCGUUCGAAACGCGGUCAUCUCCAACCCCACCAUGGCCGCCGUCUUGCUUCGCCUUCACUUCCAUGACUGCUUUGUCGAGGGAUGUGAUGGUUCAAUUCUUAUAGAGAACGGGCGAAGUGCGGAGAGGAAUGCGUUCGGGCACCAAGGGGUGGGCGGAUUUGAGGUGAUCGAGGAAGCCAAGAAGCACCUCGAGGUCACUUGCCCCGGUGUCGUCUCGUGCGCCGACAUCGUUGCCUUAGCAGCUAGAGAUGCUGUCGCAAUGGCAAAUGGACCUGCUUAUGAAGUUCCAACGGGGCGCCGGGAUGGGAGGGUGUCAAAUGUGUCGCUGGCAGAGGACAUGCCGGACGUCGGCAACUCCAUCCAACAGCUCAAGUCCAAGUUCUUCCAGAAAGGCCUCACUGAAAAGGACCUCGUCCUCCUUAGCGCCGCGCAUACCAUCAGAACCACCGCAUGCUUCUUCAUGACGGACCGUCUGUACAACUUCAUGCCCGGCGGCGGAUCGGACCCUUCGAUCAACCCCGACUUCUUGCCGGAGAUAAAGUCAAUGUGCCCGCAGAACGGCGGCGUGAAUGUGCGGAUGCCAAUCGAUCACGGCAGCGAGCAGACAUUCGACGACCAGAUCCUCCGGAACAUCAGGAGCGGAUGGGCCGUUUUGGAGUCGGACGCGAAGCUAAAUGACGACCCGGUGACGCGGAGCGUGAUCGAAUCUUACGUGGGUCUCUUCAACCCGAUCUUCGGGCCUCCCUUCGAAGCGGAUUUCGUCGAAUCAAUGGUAAAAAUGGGUCAGAUCGGUGUCAAGACGGGUUCAAAUGGAGAGAUCAGGCGGGUUUGCAGAUCUUUUAACUAA